AUGGACGCAGUACAGACGGGAGGUGGGCACCUCGUCAGCGGUGCCGCCAGUGCGGACUUCACGUAUGCAGAGUACUGGCGAACGCUGAUGGCCACAGCCGAGCACACGGGGCAGACUCUUCACGCGGAGGGCUCCCACGAACCUGUCCCUUCCCUAGAAAGCCCUACACCGACCCCCCCGCCCCCAUCGCGACGCGUGCCGCCGGGCAGGUGGAACAAUGCUGCCGCCACCGUCGCCCCGCGCGCACCGCCUAGUCAUCUGACAGAGGCCGGUACGUACCGUCUCAACCUUGCCCUCACGCCCAGCCCUCACCAAGCGAAGCGAUUACCUCUACCGCAGCAUCAGGAGCCGCUUCACACGACAACGAUGUCGAAUCACGUAGGCGAGGGGGAGAGAGGAGAGUGGAUCGCGAGGGCGAUGCGAGCGGGCAAGGAAGCCUCCGCUCCUGCUGAACAGUCGAUCCGAAAGCCUUCGAGUGCACGGAAGUCCCCGCCACCUGCGGAGCGCGCUAGGUCGCGGGUUUCUCCACCGUCAGCGCUCGACACGGCGGCCCACCUCAGUGGUGAGGACGCCGGUGCAGCCAGGGCAACGGAUUCGAUGCGUGAGCAAUGGGCGCGCGCCACAGUGAUCGGAGGCACUCGUCCGGUGGGGAGCACCGUCGGCGAUCAGCGAGACUCAUGUGCCCCAUCAGGCGACAAAGACCUUGUGGACUCGCCUCGCCAACACUCCUUCGCAGCAGGCAGCACCUCCGCUCAGCACGCCUUCUCGCUCACUUCAGGAGCAGCAGCAGUGGAUGCUGUGUGCGCCUAUACACCGGAUGACCUCGUCGUGAAGGCUGCUCAGUGCUAUGAGCAAUGGCGUCGGUGCGUUAUGGACGGCAGCAUAGACACCGACGAUGGUGACGAUUCAGUACGGGAAUGCCGUUUCAGUGGCGAAGACAGCUCUAUGGCAAGGGGAGGCGAGGCUGCUGAUGCUGUGCAUCGAAUCAUCCCCCCUGACGGCCGUGCGCGCGAGGGCGCGGAGUCGCAUGGCGCCGCAGCGCCGAACUACACGCCCAGCGCUCUGUCACGCACGCCCACCAGCGAUAGGCGUGGUGCACUCGAUCCAGACAGGAGCAAAGUCCGUCUUGAUGGGAAGUCGUUGCUCUCCCCCGCAUGCGCGCGAGGAAAACAGACACCCUCUCGCGCCGAGGGCACCCAAAGCCGUAUCCACAGCGCUGAGACGACAACGCAUGGCUUAACGAGCGGGAGACGAGACCGAGACGGUGACACAGACUCCACCAUCACGGCGGCAGUAGCGUUGGCAUCGCUGUUCACGUGGAAGGACGCGUCACCGGCGGCGAAGAGCCCAUCUCCACAUGUCGCACUAGCAGCUCCCACAGUGUUUCGUAGCAUCAGUGCGCUUGAUGAAAAGGUAGCGGAACACCUCACUGUAGAAGACGAGGUGGAGACAACGGUAGAGGAGCAAGGGGCUCGUUCACACGGCGCGCUACGGCCAUCACAGCAGGAGCGCCACAAGCACCCUUUGAUUCAGGCGCGUCACUGCCUUCAUCAGCGAGUCGAAAGGACUCCGGAGAUGGCUACGAGCGCAGCCCGCCCCGAGUCGGCACACCGGACGUACAUGAGCAAGGACGUGCGCCGUGUUCAUGAAGCUUCGGGCUCGUUGCAGAGCUCCUCCGUGGCAGAGGCCGACGUGGACGACGCGCAUAACGCAGCGCCGCUCAGUUUUGUUUACCGCCGCCUCUUCGCAGACGAGGUCGAGGACUGGGGCGGUGGUGUCACAAUGUGGCGUGAUGUCGCUGAUGCCCGUCAUCGCGAGAGAGGUGGCGCCACAAACGCCGGUGGCGCUCUCUCUCUGUUCAAGCCUUCUUCUGGCAAGGAAGGGCAGAAGCGUUUGCCGGCUGGCGCACGUGAUGUCCUCGCCGAGCGUCAGAGCGAGGUGACGAUGAUGGUGAGCAGCGACGCUGCCCACAGCCUAGCCACGUUGGCUGAAGUCGAUCAUGUUCGAGAGACCUUGAUUGAGCUCAGCAGCAGCUGCAGCAGCGUCGAAGAUCACAGCGAUCCCGUUGGUGGGGCAGAACUCAACGAAGACGAGAUCGCGUCACACACGGAAGCCAACCUUCACCAAGGAGCAAGUAAUUCUUCGCACGGCGCACCGUCUCUCAACGGGAACCGGAGCAACCUGAGCUUGUCAAGCGCUUCCCGCCUCUCCUUGCCAUCUUCGGCAUGGCCUGUCGACAAAGGCAAACGUAAUGGCCCGGAUCAAGCAGAGAUGACCGAUAGUGAAGCGCAGGUGCCCCCAGCUGUCGCCGCGAGACCCUUGCUGUGUCGUGAUCACCCCCUGUGGUGUAAGCAUCACGCCUCCGUGUCGAUGCUGUACGCGUCGCGACUGCUGCCCAGUGAGCAGGCCAAUGAUGAGCUGCAGCUCUUUCUCUGCUGGGCGCAAGAGAAGGCCGAACGGCAAAGUCGAUGGAGGCAGCAUCAUCACAACGGCGACACCGGCGGAUCUUCGGAGACGGUGCUCGGGACGAGCGAGCUUGGGGCAUGUCCGCAUCUGUCUUGCGCGGUCGCCGAGGUGUACAAGGUAGCCUACUCCGUGGCACGACGUGGCAAGGGGGCUGGUGCACCUCUGUCGCGGGUGCAACGAGAUAAUGCCAGCGGCAACAGCGAGCCAGACGCAGCUGUAGGUGCGUUACCGGUAGGAUUCGCCCCUGCACAAGCCGCGUCUCCGUCCCGCCACCAGAUGCCACCCUUACCUCACCCAAUAGUGUUUGUGGCCGCUCCCCUGCAAAGCAGCGAAGCGGCGUCGUCGUCAACACCACCCGAAGAUGUGGAUUGGACGGUCACGCCGUCCGCCGCGCCGUCGCGGUUUGUCGAGUGGAUCGCGACGGAGGUGGACCCCUACGAGAGCCUCCUCUUCUCCCCUCUGUAA